GACGGGAAGUGGGUGGUACUAAGUCAGAACCACUGGCACGGACGUGAUACAAAUAAUAGCUAAACUUCCUUUACCUUGUUUUGGCAAAUGUUCGGUUUUAGUCCCAUAAAAAAUGGUAUUGAUCUAGCAAAGAUUGUAGCACGGACCAAAACUGACUCCAGUUAGCCAGUCGUCAUCAUGGUGUCUGCGAGAGUGCUCCAGCUGUUGGUGUUAGCUUGCCUUGCCUCUGCUCGACCUGCAAGAGGAGAGAAUGACAACCAUUUGGUCAUAGCCCCACAGUCUCCAAUACUAGAGAUUGGGACUAACUUCACAGCUACAUGCAUGAUCAUCAACACACCUGAAGUUACUGCAGAUGACCUCUACUGGAAUCUGUCUAAGACGACUAUAUCCAAAGGACAGUACACCAAGAUCAGCAGAUCAGCUCUCAAUGUCACCAUCCCCAUCACCGGCGAAGAGCAUGAAUGGUUAUUUUGCCUCUGCAAGAAAGUGUCACCCUAUGUUAUCCUGAACGAAGGCAAAUUUAUUCACGGGAUCAUCCUCAAAAAAGGCUAUCGUCCAGAGAAGCCUGAGAAUCUGUCCUGUGUGGCGGUUCAGGUCAAAACGUCCAUCUCUCCCAACAUCAGCUGUGAGUGGGAACCAGCAGGACCUCAAACCACAGAUGUACCUACAACAUACACGUUGAAUGUUAACAUCAUCUCCGGUCCGGCCAAUUAUGUGCAGACGCCUCUAAACCAUGCAGAAGUGCCUCUGGAAAUUUACCCCAAUCAUAUGACACUAGAGAUCUGGGUGGAGGCAAAAAAUGAUCUUGGAAAAACAGAGUCUGAGCACCUGAAAGAAGAUGCUGGCUGGUUUGUAAAAACAAACCCUCCAUCAAAUGUCAGAAUCAUUUCAGAGAAGAGUUUUCCCACCUCCCUUCUCAUAAACUGGAUUCAUCCUAUUGUUGAAGAAUAUCUGAAAUUAACAUAUCAAAUCAGAUUCUGCCCAGAUGGAUCUCAUAGUUGGACUUAUGUACCUCUUGUGGACACUGCCAAGUACAUACAGUCCUUCAGGCUACAGAACCUUCAGCCAGACACAGUUUAUGUCACUCAAGUGCGCUGCAAAAAUGCUAGAGAAGGCCACGGUUACUGGAGCGACUGGAGUGCCAACGCUACCAAGAGAACACCAGAGGCCCGACCAACGAGUAAACCGGACUUAUGGAAAAUCAUUACUGAGGGUGAUGGCAUGAAUGAACGACAAGUGGAGUUUAUUUGUAAGGAUCCUGUGUUUGCCAACGGCAGGAUAACAAGAUUCGACAUAAAGAUUCUGGACCUAAAGGAUAAAGUCAAGAAUGGAAGUUUGGAGUCGGAGAGUAUCCCGGUCAACAGGUCGGAGGCAGACAGCCGCUCUGGCCGUCAGAAGAUCACUGCCCUUAAACAGAUUCACCUGCCUGACGAUAAAUCCGUUCAAGUGUUUGUCGCCGCCGUCAAUUCUGUGGGGUCAUCUGCUGAAGCAUCGCUAGUCAUCCCUGAAAAAGCGUAUGAGUUCCCACCAGUGGAAGAGCUGAAGGUGUGGCCGCAUGAAGGCCAGCUGUGGCUGGAAUGGAAAUCCCCCAAGAAUAUAGCUGUGUCAGAGUAUGUGGUGGAGUGGUUCCCUGGUGAUCCAAUAGACUGGCAGAGGGAGAACAGAAGCACCACACUCACUGCCAUUAAAGGCAACCUUAAGAAGUUUGUUUGCUACAAUAUAUCUGUGUAUCCAAUAUACUAUGGAAGGACUGGGAAGCCAGCAAGUGUAGAAGCCUUUCUGGAGCAACGAGCACCGUUGGAAGGCCCGACUGUCAGACUGAACGGUAAACCAGGACGUAAUGAGGCCGAGCUGGUGUGGACCGAGAUUCCCCAACAGAGCCGACAAGGCUUCAUUACAAACUACACCAUAUUCUACGCUAGCGGGACUAAAAUACAUAACAAAACAGUGCCAGCUAAUGUCACGUCAUACACUCUGACGUCACUGUCAGGCAACACCAAGUAUGACGCGUGGGUCAGGGCUUCAACCAUCCAAGGCUCCACCAGAGGCUCUAAUCACUCAUUCACUACUCUGAAAUAUGCAUCAGGAGAGAUCGAGGGCAUCGUGGUAGGAGUGAGCCUGGGCUUCCUCUUUAUUGUCGUUAUGAUCAUGUUGCUCUGUAUCAACAAAAAAGAUGUCAUCAAGAAGAAGUUUUGGCCUCAGAUUCCAAACCCUGGAGAGAGCACCAUUGGAAACUGGUCUCCUGAUUAUCCUUUGAAAGCAGAGACCCCGAAGGAGAACUGUCUGUCUGGCAUCAGCGUGCUCGAUGUGGACGUUUGUGAUGCAAAGUGCGUGUUUGAAGAGGACAAGGCCAGUCUGCCUCUGAAGAAGGACAAGUAUCUGUCGGAGGAGCACAGCAGCGGUAUUGGCGGCUCCUCCUGCAUGUCUUCCCCUCGCCAGAGUGUGUCCGACAGCGACGAGGGCGGCGACAUGGCCGACACCACGGCCAGCACCGUUCAGUACUCCUCGGUGGUGGCCUCCAAUGGCUACAAGGGUCAGACCCCGAGCUCCCAACCCCAGCAGGCCAUUUUUUCACGGUCCGAGUCCACGCAGCCCCUGCUGGAUUCUGAGGAGAACCCAGACAUGUUUCUGCAGGAGGGCAGCAGACAGUCCCAGCGAUUCCCACGACAGCCCUGCUUUACACACUCUGCACGGAACCAAGACAGCACUGACGCUGCUGACUUCAACCAGCUGGAGAUGGAGCAGCAGGAGGUGCUGGAGCCUCUGGACUUCUGUCCUCUGGAAGAGGACUCUGAGCAGACAACGCCUACAGAUGGCCAGUCAGCUGACUGGCCACCAGCAGCGGCAGUCUCCAGCUACAUGCCUCAGCUGGGUGGCUACAGGCCACAGUAAAAACAGACAGACCUAAAUGUGUUAUCUAUGUGAAUGAUUCUGUGCCUUUUGUUAAUGUCAAAUGUUCAUUUCAAGCAGUGAAGAAGAUUGUACCUGUAUAUCUUUUGCACUUAACCAAGUAUGAACAGGAUGCGUUGGAGCGUACUCUAAUGUGCAAUGUGAAUUAGAGCUCAGCCUGAAGCAGUAGUUUGCUAGCUUGGCACUCACACAUAAAAAUUUCACAGCCAUAUCUUUAUAGCAAAAUAAAGCCCAAAACCUACGCGACACACGUAUGUGAGCACUUUGAGCUACUCUGUAAAUGUCACACUCUGAACAUGACAUGUGUGAGCCACAGUUUCAGGAGUGCUGGGCAGCAGGCAGCUUCAGGUUGAAGCCAUCUUUCAUGUGUGCUUCUGUUUCUGUCUCAGCACUCUCUGACUGUGGCGCUCUCUUGUGGAGGUGUUCUGCCUCUGCAGGGAUGUUACAUUAAGUUACCCUGACAUUGUCAUUUAACGCACAGAGUAUGUUUUCAGCUCAAGUGUAUGCACAGUACAUGAAUGCAAUCAAGUAAGAAAAACGAAGACUGACACAUACAUGAUCCCAGUGCAUGUUCAAUGAACAAAGUUAACUUUAAAGGCCUUCGAAUGGAAAUGAAAGGAAAUGUAAAAAUCCAGUACGUAUCAAUCAGAGUAAUGCACAGUUUCUAGCUCAAAUGGCUUCAUUUAAUUUAAGGAACAAUCCACUGCUUUUGUACAUCUUUAAUGACAUUUUUAAUGUUCAUCUCAUUUAUAGAAGCGAGCAUGAUUCCGUUACAGCCAGCAGUGGCCGACGUGAAUAAUCAUCUUAAGAUGGACUUUCAGUAUUCACCCCAGCCUGUGUCAGAGCGAGCAUUACCUCUUCAAUUCUUCUUAUCUUACAAUGCUCAAAUACAAUAUUGAAUGUACUUUCACCAUAAACAGCUAUCCUGUGCUUGUCACUCUGAUAACCCUCUGAUCCCAGUUACUGAGGAUAGCGUGGACUUCAUAUGUCAGCUCGAUGCUCUCCAGUAAACACAUGAAAAAACAAUAGAUUCCUGACAUACAGCUUUCAGUAAUCGCUGGAAACGGCCUUCGUCUUAACGGCUUGCCUAGCUGCUCUGAAUUGUUUCAUGGAUUGCAGAGUUCUUCUCCAUGCGAAGGCAAAAACGAGCAUGAAACAUCUGUGGGAUGAAGUAACUGUCACAUGAAUGACAAGGACAAUUGCUGACUUAAUGUGGUGUUAACUUUUUUCAAAACACUAUUUUUCAGUGUGAACUGUUGAAGAGGUCACAUAUUUCAUAACCUGCCGACAAAGGUUAAGGGUUUCUCUGUGUACGCUGUAAAUGGCUUUCGUUAUUAACCGUGAAAUAAAUGUUUCCAGAU